CCAGCAGGCGUCGCUGCCUCGCGGCUCCAGUCGCCUGCCGUCGGCUUCUGGCUAGCACUGAGAGGCAAUGGCGGAGCAGCGCAUCCGCGAGGCCAGGGAAGGCGUCCAGCCACCGUCGAGCGCGGAGCGGAUCCAGGGGCCCGGCACGGAGCUCUCCCACGAGGAGAAGCUGCAGCUCCGCAAAGAGAAGAAGCAGAAAAAGAAGCAGCGCCGCCAAGAGGAGCAGCCGGAGCGGCAGCAACAACAGCAGGAGGGAGCCCCCCUCGCUCAACCUGCACCCAGCAGUGCUCCGCCGCCGUCGCUGUCAGGAACGCCGGCGGCCCCUGCCAUGGCCGUUGACAAGGCCGCGGGUGGCAAAAGCAAGGCCGAGCUGCGGGCGGAGCGGCGGGCCAAGCAGGAGGCCGACCGGGCCCUGAAGCAGACCAAGAAAGGAGAGCAGCAGAGCCCGGCCGCCGCCGUACCCGCCAAGCCUCGGCUCGUGCCUAGCGAGGCCCAGCCAGUGGUGAAGCGGCUCCCCGAACACGUGCAAGUCGAUGACCCGGCUGCACUUAAGAAACUGGCCAAGAAGCUGGAGCGACAGCAGGUGCCUUUGAGACCGGAUUACGGUGCCAAAGUCAGUCUCUUCUCCCAUCUGCACCAGUACAGCCGCAAAGUGUUGCUCACACAGCAAAUGAGCAUCCCUGCAUCUGCUAUUCAUCCAGCAGUGGUGCGUCUCGGCCUGCAGUAUUCCCAGGGCAUCAUCAAUGGCUCCAAUGCCCGUUGCAUCUCUCUCUUGCGUGUCUUCAAACAGGUCAUUGCAGACUACACCACCCCCGCCAACGAGGAGCUCUCACGGGACCUGGUGAACAAGCUGAAGCCCUACAUCAGCUUCCUGAAUCAGUGUCGGCCCCUCUCGGCCAGUAUGGGCAACGCCAUCAAAUUCCUCAAGAAGGAGAUCUCAGGGUUGCCUGGAAACAUGCGAGAGGAGGAAGCCAAGGGGGUGCUACAAGACACCAUUGACAAGUAUGUGCGGGAGAAGAUUGUUUUGGCUGCUGCAGCCAUCUCCAAGUCUGCCUUUGAAAAGAUCAACGACGGGGAUGUCAUUCUGGUAUACGGAUGCUCCUCCCUGGUGAGCCGCACACUGUGUGAUGCCCACGCCAAGGGCCGUGCCUUCCGAGUGGUGGUGGUGGACAGUCGGCCGCGGCUGGAGGGCCGGGAAACUCUACAUCGACUGGUGAAGCAGGGUGUCCGCUGCAGCUAUGUGCUUAUCAACGCCAUCUCCUAUGUGUUGCCUGAGGUCUCCAAAGUACUGCUGGGAGCCCAUGCACUAUUGGCCAAUGGCUCUGUGAUGUCACGGAUGGGCACAUCGCAAAUAGCCCUAAUUUCCAAGGCCCAUAAUGUGCCAGUCCUGGUCUGCUGUGAGACGUACAAGUUCUGUGACCGGGUCCAGACCGACUCCUUUGUCUCCAAUGAACUUGAUGACCCCGAUGACUUGAUAGUGCCGCAUCGAGGGAGGAUCCCACUGGCUGACUGGCAAGACAGCAAGUCAUUGCGCCUCCUCAAUCUGGUCUAUGACGUGACCCCCAUGGAGCUGGUGGAUCUGGUGAUCACAGACUUGGGGAUGAUCCCUUGCACCUCCGUUCCUGUUGUGCUGCGUGUCAAGAAUGUGGAGCAGUAAUGUGGGAGGGGAGGGGGGAGUGAAUAAACCUUGUGUGCCCUGA